UGUCACCAUCUGCUUUAAACAUGACUCUCUGGGCAAGAAUGACAGAAGUGGUAACAUUAGUAGAGGGAGCCAUUUUCGCCUGCCUCCAUUUCUUGAUCUCUCUUUUACAUUCUCUGUUAAAUGAUUUGGUUUUGUUUUUGUACGAUAUUCUUCUCAGUGGUUAACUGUUUUCGGAAGAAUAUUUUUGGACAGAUUUAUAUUUAAGACAAAAAUAUAUAGCAUCCUAUUUAAAAAAAAUAAAAUCAUUUUACAUAGGCAAAGUUAAUGUCUCAUCCUUCGUACAUAUGUUGUAUAAGUGUUUAAUUUUACAAUGGACAAAAUAAGAAAUUUAAUUAUGUAGUAAUUUUUAAGUUUAUUAAUAAAAAUAAUUCGAUUUAAAUAAUCCGUAAUCUGUAAUAUUUUUAUACUUCUUUUCAUGCAUUUAAAUAUAGCAGUAGAUCAACAGAUGAACGUUUAAAAAUUCUGUUCUAAAAUGUCUGAAAAAUGUGGAAGACCUUAAAACGUAAUAUUAAAUAAUACUUUUUAAUGCAUACAUUCUUUUGACUUACUUAAAAUGGAAUUCAUUAUUCUAUUACUCUUAAAUAAUUAGGUUAAGAUGUAUUUACUACAAUUUUAAUAAAAAUUUAUCCCUAUUAUGAUCCUUAUAUAAAUAAUUCUAAAAAAUGUAAUUUUUUAUAUGAAAGAAACUUGUAUUAAAUGAUUAUUAAGCAUUUUUAUGAAGGAAAUCUAAUAAAGUUUAAAAAUUAGUUUUUGUAAAGAAUUUGUGAACAAAACAAGAAACAGAAGCAUAUAAUGCUUACAACUGUUUUAUUCUGCAAUUCAGAUAUUUUACCAAUAAAGAAUGAAGAAUUUUUCUUUAGAUAAUGUGUAUAACUUAUACUUGAUAUCAAAACACUAACAUUAUAUGAAAGUUUCAUAAAAUUCUCUAUUUCAAAGUACCUAUCCUAUUAAAAUUAAACGUAUGGAAGUGAAACGGACUGAGAUGGAAAUAUUUAGGACCAAAAAAACGUAUUACGACGAUCUCAAUGAAACUAAAAAUGGUUCUGAUAGUUUUUGGGAAAUAUUUAUCGCAUUAUGUGUCGUUUUGAUUUUAAUUAUUGUAUUUAUAACCUGCUAUCAUUAUAUCCAUGGAAAGAUCAUUUACAUUAUUUGCAAAAGUUGGCAAAAUACUAAAAUUACAUUAAUAAAGAUGUUUCACAUGGCUAAAUAAGAAAAACGACACCGAUGACAACGUUACAAUAAAAAACGAAAGCAACCGGGGUACGACACGGCGGAGGUCUAUGAUUUUAAAACCCCAUAAAAAAUUUAACGAUCAAAAAGAAAAAUUAUAUAAAACUAAAUCUUAUGCGUUCAGGACUCCCUUACAGGAAAAGAAAAAAUUACUUUCUUCUCAUACGGAUAAAACUAUAACUUCUAGUAGCAAUAUUGCUCUGACAAAACGAUUAUUUUUAAAACUAUCUGUUUUAUCGUCUGAUACUUCUAAUAAAAAUGGCCAUGAUCAAACAUCAAAUAAUUGGAACACAUGCAAUGAACAAUGUACUCAAAGAAAUGAAAAGUUUUAUCAAAAUUCCCAUAAGGGCGAAAAAAGUAUCUGCUUUUCAGACACGGACGUGAAAUUUCUAGUGAUACCUGUAUCUUCGAAAAAGUCGAAUGAAAAUAGAAAUAAGGAAAUAUGUAAAUGGAAUUCGAAAGAUAACAAUUAUGAUAUACGAAACAAUACCAGUUCCAAACUGAUAGAACUUCAAUACGAAAAUAGAGAUUCAUUCAGUAAUAAUGUGCAAAAAUAUGAAGUAUCUACUUCUAAAUUAAAUUUACCCUGUUCUUUUGUAUCAAAAAAUGUAGCUACCGAUUCGUUAUCAAAUUCUGUAGUAAAUCAAUUGGAUAUUUUACCAAACUUAUCUCUUAACAAAUUGAAAAGGUCAACGAAUUCUCACAUUGGUUCUACGGUAUCAGGUGUGUCUAAUGCAACUCAUUUAAAAUCAGAAGAAAAUAGUUUCAUGGAUGUUGCGGAUAGUGCUACUAUAUCCGAAAUAGAUAAAUUACAAAGAAAAAAGUCAGAUGAAUAUAACGUAUAUUCGAAGAAAAUGAAGAUGAAAAUGAAAUCGUCGAUGGAUAUGUUAAGAAAUCAAAUAAAAGAGAUAAAUUCUGAAAGAAAAAUUAAAUCGGAAGAUAAUCUUAUGGUUCUCUCAAUUAAAAAUGAAAAUACUAAAAAUUAUUUUAUGUUUAAAAAGGAUAUUACUUCCAUACAUGAACAGUAUAUUGAGAGCCCUUUAACCUCACUGAAUCAUAGUUCAGAAACGAACGAAAUUUAUGAUGAAUUAGGAAUAUUAUUUUCACAAUACAUGAAACUUCAAAUAAAAUCAUGUAGAAGAAAAUAUUGUAUUAGAUCGCGACAUUUAAAAAAAAUACAACACAGCACAAGAAAAUGUCAAGUGAGAUUUAAUUAUCAUCAAAUAUAUCCUUAUGAUCAAAGACCAACAUGUAACUGUGGAAAUAUAUGUGAAGAGACAUACGAUGAAUUAAAGUUAAUGUCUACAUUACCAUUAGAAAGGAAGAAUAUUUAUUACGAGAUGUUCACAAGAAGAAAGCAAUUCUUGAAUCAACCAUGCAUAUUAAUUAACCAAGAGUUUAUAUCUAACUAGCAUUA